AAUCACCGCUCUGCUCUUCUUCUCUUCUCAAAGCUGGCCUCUCUUCGCCGCCUUAAAGCGGACCCAGAGGACAUCAUCGAGAGCUCUUUACUGCGUUUUGAAGAAGAGCUGAGCCCAAAGAGAGGCGUGGCAACCUCGACGGCACAGUGGACAAGGCCCUCUCCUUUGCCCUUUGGUACAGCUGCUCAACGACUUCUAAGCGGGAGCUCGGACGAUCAAUCGUUAGAGGGAAUCGUGGAGAGCCGCCGGCUUGGAGAUUCAGACGUCACCCAAGACGCAGCCACCUAGGUGCUCGGUCCCAGUCGUCUUUUCGCACCAGGCCGUGGAGGCGCAGCGACCUUCCUCUUACGCUGAUUCUUUGCCAGUCAUGGCAGUCAGUGGUAUCAAUGGUGCCCCAGGUGGCGGCGGUGGAGGAGUUGUCUUGCCGGGUGGUAACAAGGCGACGCUGAGCGAGCCUCUGGCGGCCAAUGGGCGGAGUGGACCAGAUGACGGCAAGGAUACCAAGGGCGAAAGCGCAGCAAGUUUGGAACAAAGUCUCAACACCAUGCAUGGCAUCGUCCCUACAUUGCAAAAUAUCGUGGCUACCGUGAACCUCGAAGUCCGUCUGGAUCUCAAGACGAUCGCGCUUCACGCACGCAAUGCAGAGUAUAAUCCAAAGCGUUUUGCCGCUGUAAUCAUGCGAAUUCGUGAGCCAAAGACGACUGCCCUUAUCUUUGCAAGCGGCAAGAUGGUGGUAACGGGUGCCAAGAGCGAGGACGACUCAAGGUUAGCAAGUCGCAAAUAUGCCAGGAUCAUUCAAAAGCUCGGCUUCGAGGCUCGAUUCAGCGAGUUCAAGAUCCAGAAUAUCGUCGGCUCUUGCGACGUACGCUUUCCCAUCCGACUCGAGGGAUUAGCGUACAGCCACGGUAUUUACUCCUCCUACGAACCAGAGCUCUUUCCAGGUCUCAUCUAUCGUAUGGUCAAGCCAAAAGUGGUGCUGCUUAUCUUCGUUUCGGGCAAGAUUGUCUUGACGGGCGCCAAGGUUCGCGAAGAGAUAUAUCAAGCCUUCAACCUGAUCCUUCCUGUCUUGGCUGAGUUCAAGAAGCCAUGAGUGUUCAGAGCACCAAACCCUCCAAGAGCUGCUUGAGCAGAGCUUGUGACUUCACCCAUCGUUGCCCUUCGUUUCUAGACACUGCCUCGGACCAAAUUUCCCGCCCUCCACAAAAGGAAGCGCAGUCGCUCGUGCGGUGUGCGUCUCUUUAAACGUCGAGACUCGCCCAGUCUCAUGUACUAGUAGUAGUAGUAGUAGUAGUAGCAACAGCAGUAGUAGUCAGAGUAGCAGUCAGAGUAGUACCAGUCGCCUCCUCCCCUCUGCUUCUCCUUUCUAGAAAAGAAAGUAAGGUCUUCAAUUCGCCUCGAUGCAAUACACCUUCAUUUCCUGCCG